CCCUCUGUGCAACGAACCCCUCUAGCUCAAAGCUUCAACGCUGCGAAGUCCAAUUCGACCGAAAAUUCUUCUUCUUGCUCUCUCUCUCUCUCUCUCUCUCUCUCUCUCUUUCUAGGGUUUCCACCAAUCAAAUAAAAAUGGAAAACUGAUAAUUUUCCUAAUUUCAUUGGGUUAAGCUCCGAUUAGGGGUAGGGCUUGCGGAAUGGGGAACAUCUUCGUGAAGAAGCCAAAGAUCACAGACGUCGAUCGAGCGAUUCUCUCUCUCAAGACUCAGCGGCGAAAGCUCGGCCAGUAUCAACAGAAGCUUGAAGUUGUGAUUGAAGCUGAGAAGCAAGCUGCAAGAGAUUUGAUCCGGGAGAAAAGAAAAGACAGGGCACUGCUUGCACUAAAGAAGAAAAAGUCUCAGGAGGAACUAUUGAAGCAAGUUGAUACUUGGCUCCUCAAUGUUGAACAACAACUGGCAGAUAUUGAAUUGACCAGCCGCCAACAAGCUGUUUUUGAAAGCUUAAAGGCGGGGAAUAAUGCAAUCAAAGCUAUACAAAGUGAGAUCAACUUGGAAGAUGUUCAGAAAUUGAUGGAUAAUACAGCUGAAGCAAAGGCUUACCAAGAUGAAAUAAAUGCAGUUCUAGGGGAGCGCCUAUCUGCUGAAGAUGAGGAAGAUGUUUUAGCUGAAUUUGAGAACCUGGAAAGCGAGAUCACCCUUCAAGAUCUGCCCGCGGUUCCUGCCGCAGAGGUGCCUGUCGCCGAGGAAGCAGAAGAAGCUCAUGCUGAUGAGGAACUCGAUCUUCCGGAUGUGCCAUCCAAGACCCCAGUUAUAGUCAAGCCUGAUUUCAUGUCAGUCUCAAUGACAUGA